UCUCGCCACACCAACUUCUUCAUGGCUCAUCCAAUCCAGUACUCGGCUUCCGUGCAGAAGAGUUUCCGGAUCUUUUCCCCCCUGUCAUCAAAGAUCGUUUCAAAUCGCUUAACUAAUUCGGGUGUUCAACCGCAGUUUCGAUAUCGCGGGCCAAGUGGAGGCCGUCUUCAGGGAACUCGCCAUAGAGCGGGCACGCUUCCGGUGGGGAAGGUCGCACGCUUAGUGUCAAUGGGGAAUGGUGUCGACGCGGUUCCCGAUGUCGUGAUGGCGAUUGCACACUGCGGCGACGUUGGAAAAAAAAAAGUGGUUCUCUGCGCGAGGCCGAUCGGUGGCAAGCUGCUGGUUUGGUCGCCUGCCUGUCAUCGAUUGAUAUAAUUGUCACCCAGUGUUCCUCUUUCCAAGACAUUUCCCCUCUCAUCCCAUAUUUCAGUUUUCCCCCGGACUUUUCUCGCCUUCGAGCACCUGCACACCUUCGGCGCAAACGAUGUACGACUGUUCAGUCUCCGCUGCGGAGAAUAAGUUUAAGCAUCAUGGAAGCGGUGAUCCAAAGGUGCCCAACUAUUAUGGCGAAGAGGACGGUGCCCCGGUGAAAGGGGAGCUGGAGCUCAACGUCGGUGGCCGUGGUGCCACUCAGCGUCGACUCAAAAACUACCACAUCACCAUGAUUGGUUUCUGCGGUGGUAUUGGAACUGGUCUCUUCGUUGGAGCAGGCUCUGCCUAUGCGAAAGCAGGGCCUGCCGGUUUAUUGUUGGCAUACAUUGUCGUGGGGUUUGUGCUGUGGUGUGUCAUGCAGAGUAUCGCCGAACUGGCGACGGUCUUUCCCACUGCAGGCUCCUUCCCCCACUGGGCAACUCGGUUCAUCGAUCCCGCCGUCGGUUUCUCUCUCGCCAUUACGUACGGAUACUGUUACACCAUUGCGAUUGCCUCGGAGGUUUCCGCAGCCGCGGUGGUGGUCAGCUACUGGUCGGAUAUCACGCCGGCCGUAGUCAUAACAGUCGGGUUGGGAUUGAUAUUAAUCAUCAACCUGAUGAGUGUCCGUUUCUACGGCGAGAGUGAAGUCGUGACAGGUGCCAUUAAGAUUUUGUGUUUUCUGGGCUUGGUGGUCGCGGCUAUCGUGAUCACUGCAGGCGGCGGCCCGAACCACGAGACCAUCGGCUUUCGCUACUGGCACAACCCCGGUCCCUGGACCAACUACAAUGGCAUCACAGGAUCGACCGGUCACUUCCUCGGAUUCCUGUCGGCCUUCGUCAACGCCUCCUUUAGCUUCGUCGGAGUUGAGACCGUCGUCAUCGCCGCUGCCGAAGCCGUUGACCCCCACCGCGCCAUUCCUAAGGCCGCUCGUCGCGUCACCUACCGCAUAGCCUUCUUCUACAUUCUGGGCGCCCUGCUGAUUGGAAUGAUCGUGGAUCCUCGGAACUCGGGCCUCACCUCCGGCUCCGGUAAUGCCAACAGCUCCCCGUGGGUUAUCGCCUUCAAGGAAGCCGGCAUUGCCGGUCUGCCCUCUGUCGUGAACGCCUGCGUCUUGAUCUCUGCCUGGUCCGCUGGUAACUCUUACUGCUGGGUCGGCUCACGCAUGAUCGUGGCCAUGACAACGGAUCGUCAGCUCCCCCAGUUCUUCGGCAAGGUCACGAAGAAAGGUGUCCCGUACGUGGCGGUGAUUGUUUCCUGGCUCUUCGGUCCCUUGGCCUAUUUGAGUCUCGGAAGCGGUGGUCCCGCACAAGCCUUCACCUGGCUCCUUAAUCUUAGCACGGUCGCCGGCUUAAUUGCUUGGGCGACCCUCUGCUUCUGCUACAUCCGCUUCCAUCGAGCGAUGAAAGUUCAAGGGCACAGCCGUGAUACUUUGCCCUGGAAGGGUCCCUUCCAGCCCUACACUGCCUGGGUCGGAUUCGUCGGAUCUACUAUCAUCACCCUUGUUGCUGGAUUCCCCGUGUUCCUCAAGGGAAACUGGUCCGUCUCCGACUUCUUUGCCUCAUAUGUAGGCAUUCCGAUCUUCAUCGUUCCGAUUAUUCUCUGGAAGAUUUUCAAGCGCAGCAAGUUCGUUCGCGCAUCUACACUAGAUCUCUGGUCCGGCCGCUUGCUGGAGGGAGAAAUUAUUAUCAAAGACCAUGGACCUAAGUCGCCGCUUAAGCGCUUUGUCGAAUGGUGUUUCUAAGUACAUAUCCUCUUGUAUAUAGACUUGUAUAUACCUAGACGACGAUACCC